AUGUUAGGACAAAACAGCGCUGUCACCUCCUAUCAGAUAUCGCAUUACUUCAAUGAACGAGUUGCGGCCCGUAAGGCGCACGUUCAUAAGGCAGUGCAUAUGAUCGCGAAGAUCGUUCAAGAGAUUCUAAAAGAAGUGGAAACUCAAGAGCCACGAUUCAUUUCGACACUUGUCAAUAAUAAUGGUCGUUACGAAGGAGUGAGUUUGUCGGUGAUUGUGCAUUCGCCAUGCGAAUAUGAAGUGAUAUUGUAUUUGAAUCAAAUGGGUGUGUUCAAUUUUGUUGACGAUGGCUCAAUACAAGGAUGUGCCGUGUUGAAACUAAGCGAUGGCCGGAAGCGUUCCAUGUCAUUAUGGGUGGAAUUCAUUACGGCCAGUGGCUAUUUGUCGGCCAGGAAGAUACGAAGCCGUUUUCAGACUCUAGUGGGACAAGCUGUUGAUAAGUCACAAUAUCGUGACAUUUGUAAAUUAGUUACCGAUACGAGCGACGUGAAGUUGCGCAUUCACGACAAAUACAUCGUGCAGAUCACUUGCGCUUUUCGUUGCAACGGUAUAUGGCCACGGAGUGCGAGUCAAUGGCCUAGCAGUAGCAUACCGUGGCCGAAUCCAACCAUAGCGAAUGAGGUGAAAAACGAGGGCUUCGAUCUGUUCAGUAAGGAGACAAACAAUGCGCAAACACAGCCAAAUAAACAGGCAAGUUCAAUGGAAGGUGAUGCGUGGGCGAUGAGUUUGAAUAACGCUGAAAAUACUCUGCUACAACACGGUUCGAGACGUAAGACGUUCUCGAUUCUGAAAUGCUUACGUGAUACACAUUUGGACUUUGUCUCAUCGCCGAUCAGCAAUUACAUUCUCAAGACAUUGUUGCUAUUCGAAUGUGAGAAACACUACAAUGAAUACGAAUGGGAUGAAUGCUUCAUCGGUGACCGUGUUAUUGGUGUACUCUUACAACUGGUAUCAUGCUUACAAUGCCGUAAAUGCCCUCAUUAUUUUUUACCACAACUUGAUCUGUUGAAAGGUAAACCACACCAUUUACUGGAUCAAAGUGCCAAAAUUACAUGGAAUCUUGUAAGGCAACUUAUGCUCAACGCUCGCGCUCUGGAAAAUCUAUGA